UUCAGCAUUACCCCUCAAUGGGGCGUUUGGUUGGAGAAGCUGAAGCUCACUCUAUUUACAUGUUCUCUGUCCUGCUCACCUUCCAGGGCCUGUGCUGACAUCUGUCUCUGGAAGGAUGAAGUAAGAGCAGUCACAGACAGCUCCUACCCUGAAAAGUGGGAAAGGUAUGGCCUCGCAUGUGCAAGUUUUCUCUCCUCAUACCCUUCAGUCAAGUGCCUUCUGUAGCGUGAAGAAACUGAAAGUGGAGCCGAGUUCAAACUGGGAUAUGACUGGGUACGGCACACACAGCAAAGUCUACAGCCAGAGCAAGAACGUGCAGUCCUCCCAAGCAGCCGCCGCAGCAGCCGUCAACGCCUCCCUCCAGAUCCCCAAUCCGAGCAUCCCCUACGAACAGACCAUCAUCUUCCCAGCAAGCACGGGGCACAUCGUGGUGACAUCUGCCAACAGCACUUCUGGUGUGGUUGCAGUGUCUGGGCAAACACUGGGCGGGCCACACAACCUGAUGCGUCGCAGCACUGUGAGCCUUCUGGACACCUACCAAAAAUGUGGACUUAAGCGCAAGAGUGAGGAGAUUGAGAACACAAGCAGCGUGCAGAUUAUUGAGGAGCAUCCACCAAUGAUUCAGAACAAUGCCAGUGGGGCCACUGUAGCCACCGCCACCACUUCCACAGCCACCUCCAAAAACAGUGGCUCCAACAGUGAAGGGGAUUACCAGCUGGUGCAACAUGAGGUGCUCUGUUCCAUGACCAACACAUAUGAAGUGUUAGAGUUUCUUGGCCGUGGAACCUUCGGACAAGUAGUCAAAUGCUGGAAACGUGGCACUAAUGAGAUUGUGGCUAUCAAGAUCCUAAAAAACCACCCUUCCUAUGCCCGGCAAGGCCAGAUUGAAGUGAGCAUCCUGGCUCGGCUGAGCACGGAAAGUGCGGAUGACUACAACUUUGUCCGUGCUUACGAGUGCUUCCAGCACAAGAAUCACACAUGCUUGGUCUUUGAAAUGUUGGAGCAGAACCUCUAUGAUUUCCUAAAACAAAAUAAAUUCAGUCCCUUACCCCUUAAGUACAUUCGACCAAUUCUCCAGCAGGUGGCAACUGCCCUAAUGAAGCUGAAAAGCCUGGGACUGAUUCAUGCUGAUCUCAAACCAGAGAACAUCAUGUUGGUAGACCCAUCCCGACAGCCAUAUAGGGUCAAGGUCAUAGACUUUGGUUCAGCUAGCCAUGUAUCUAAAGCUGUGUGUUCUACCUACCUUCAAUCCAGAUAUUACAGAGCCCCUGAAAUCAUCCUUGGUUUACCAUUUUGUGAAGCAAUCGAUAUGUGGUCAUUGGGAUGUGUCAUUGCAGAGCUGUUCUUGGGCUGGCCGUUAUACCCGGGAGCUUCGGAGUACGAUCAGAUUCGCUAUAUUUCACAGACACAGGGCUUACCAGCAGAGUAUUUGUUAAGUGCAGGGACAAAGACUACGAGGUUUUUCAACAGGGAUACAGACUCACCAUAUCCUUUGUGGAGACUGAAGACGCCAGAUGAUCAUGAGGCAGAGACGGGGAUUAAGUCGAAGGAAGCAAGAAAGUAUAUUUUCAACUGUUUGGAUGAUAUGGCACAGGUAAACAUGACAACGGAUUUGGAAGGAAGUGAUAUGUUGGUGGAAAAGGCAGACCGGCGGGAGUUUAUAGAUCUGUUAAAGAAGAUGUUGACGAUAGAUGCAGAUAAGAGGAUAACACCCAUUGAAACUCUGAGCCACCCUUUUGUCACCAUGACGCACUUGCUCGAUUUCCCUCACAGCACACAUGUCAAGUCCUGUUUCCAGAACAUGGAGAUUUGCAAGCGGCGGGUGAAUAUGUAUGACACAGUGAACCAGAGCAAGACGCCAUUCAUCACCCAUGUAGCCCCAAGUACAUCGACCAACUUGACCAUGACUUUUAACAACCAGCUGAACACAGUCCACAACCAGACCACCAACCUGGCUCCCACCUCCUCCAGUGCCACUAUUUCCUUAGCCAACCCCGAGGUCUCCAUACUAAAUUACCAAUCUGCACUCUACCAGCCCUCAGCGGCGUCCAUGGCUGCGGUGGCCCAGCGGAGCAUGCCCCUGCAGACAGGAACAGCGCAGAUCUGUGCCCGCCCCGACCCCUUACAGCAAGCUCUCAUCGUCUGCCCACCAGGCUUCCAAGGGUUACAAGCCUCCCCUUCAAAGCAUGCUGGGUAUUCGGUUCGGAUGGAGAACGCAGUUCCCAUUGUCACUCAGGCUCCUGGGGCCCAGCCUCUUCAGAUCCAGCCAGGACUCCUCGCACAGCAAGCGUGGCCCAGUGGCACUCAGCAGAUCCUGCUCCCUCCUGCCUGGCAGCAGCUGACUGGGGUGGCCACCCACACAUCUGUCCAGCAUGCGACCGUCAUCCCAGAGUCCAUGGCAGGCACCCAACCACUGGCAGACUGGAGGAACACGCACGCUCACGGCAGCCACUACAACCCCAUCAUGCAGCAGCCCACGCUGCUGGCCAGCCACGUGACCCUGCCCGCUGCCCAGCCCGUCAACGUGGGCGUCGCCCACGUCAUGCGCCAGCCGCCCGCCGCCACCUCCACCAGGAAGAGCAAACAGCACCAGUCGGCGCCCCGAAACACAUCCACCUAUGAAGUUUCAUCCUCUCAGUCCAUCAGCUCGCCCCAGCGGUCGAAACGAGUGAAGGAGAACACGCCUCCCCGCUGUGCCAUGGUGCACAACAGCCCUGCCUGCAGCACCUCCGUCACCUGCGGCUGGGGCGACGUGGCCACCAGCACCACGCGGGAGCGGCAGCGGCAGACGAUCAUCAUUCCCGACACCCCCAGCCCCGCAGUGAGUGUCAUCACUAUCAGCAGCGACACGGAUGAAGAGGAGGAGCAGAAGCAUGCACCCACCAGCACCUUGUCCAAGCAAAGGAAGAAUGUCAUCAGCUGUGUCACCGUGCAUGACUCCCCCUACUCCGAUUCCUCCAGCAACAACAGCCCUUAUGCCGUGCAACACCGUGCAGGGCAGAAUAACGGGAACAGCUACGACACCAAAGGGGUUCCAGAGACUCACUGCAGUGGGAACCCCCGAACGAUCAUCGUGCCACCACUGAAAACCCAGGCCAGUGAGGUGUUGGUAGAGUGCGAUAGCCUGGCACCAGUCACCACCAGUCACCACUCAUCCUCCUACAAGUCCAAGUCCUCCAGCACCGUGACCUCCACCAGCGGUCACUCUUCAGGGAGCUCGUCUGGAGCCGUUGCCUAUAGGCAGCAGCGACCAGGAGCACAUUUCCAGCAGCAGCAGCCUCUUAAUCUAAGUCAGGCCCAGCAGCACAUCACGACCGACCGCACAGGGAGUCACCGGAGACAGCAAGCCUACAUCACUCCAACGAUAGCUCAGGCCCCGUACUCUUUCCCGCACAAUAGUCCCAGCCAUGGUACAGUUCAUCCCCACUUGGCCGCGGCGGCCGCUGCUCACCUGCCCACCCAGCCCCACCUGUACACAUACACCGCCCCCGCCGCCCUGGGCUCCACGGGCACCGUCGCGCACCUGGUGGCCUCCCAAGGGUCUGCACGGCACGCGGUGCAGCACACCACCUACCCCGCCAGCAUCGUCCACCAGGUCCCUGUCAGCAUGGGCCCGCGCGUCCUGCCCUCACCCACCAUCCACCCGAGCCAGUACCAGGCUCAGUUUGCCCACCAGACCUAUAUCAGUGCUUCUCCAGCCUCCACAGUCUACACUGGAUACCCACUGAGCCCUACCAAGGUGAACCAGUACCCUUACAUCUAAACACUGGAAUAAAAGAGCAAGAGACGCACCCAUCCCGGGGGGAGUGAGGCAGCCGCUUUUGUAUUGAAGAACAUGAGAAACUUAACAAUGCAAUGGGAGGCUCGUGUGAAACUUGAACGAAGGAGACUUUAAGGAAGAAAAGAAAAAGAGGAAAGAAGGGGGAGAACCAAUUCUACAAUUUUUAUUUAAAAAAAAAAAAAAAGAAAACGGAAAAAAAAAGAACAGAAAAAAAAAUAAACCACAAAAAACCAACCAUUCUGCACCAAACUAGAGAGAAAGAGAGAAGCAGAAGGACCCUCCCGCGGGUCUUGUCUUUUGAAGAACUUCACCAACAGACUUUUAAAGGUUAUUUUCAUCCAAUAGUGAGCUACAUUUAGAAAUUUGUUGUCCAAAACACCUAAAAUGAAA